AUGCGUUACGCUGCUGCCGCCCUUGCCGUCGCUGGUGCCGUCAUGGCCCACGGCGAUGAAGAGGCCGCCUCUACCGUCUUCUCCACCAAGUUCUUCACCAUCACCUCCUGCGCUCCCGAGGUCACCAACUGCCCUGCCCGCAGCACCGUUGUCUCCUCCAGCAUCGAGCCCUGGACCACCUCCACCAUCUACACCACCAAGGUCAGCACCAUCACCUCUUGCGCUCCUGAGGUCACCAACUGCCCCGCCCACUCCACCGUGGUCGUCACCAAGACCGAGGCUAUCUCGACCACCGUCUGCCCCGUCACCGAGACUGCCGUCAAGCCUACCGCCACCGCCCCCGUUGUCGUCCCUCCCCCCGCCAGCAACAACGGCACCGUCCCCGCGGUUCCUUCUAAGCCCGUCACCGAGACCGGCGUCAAGCCCGUUCCCGUUCCCGCCACCACCGUCGGCGUUGCUCCCUCCGUCUCCAAGCCCGCCACUCUGGCCACCAGCGCCGCCUCCGUCUGCCCCGGAGUCUCCGUCAAGACCAUCUCCACCAGCGUCACCACCGUCGUCCCUACCGUCAUCUACGAGACCGUCCAGAUUCCUUGCCCUACCCCCAGCGCGCCCUCUGCCACCAUCCCUGGUGUCCCUACUGGCGGCAACGGAACUGCUGUCGCUCCCACCAAGACCCCCGUUACCGCUGGUGCCGCUGGCCUGACCGGCUCUGCCGUCCUGGCCGCCAUCGCCGGUGUUGCCGCCUUUGUCUUCGCGUAA